AUGUCGACACAGCACAGACGGUAUUCUUUCAUUCAGAAGAUUACAUUUUUAUAUUAUGGUUGUACAACUCAGCUAGGUUCAUCAAAACAAGCUUCUAAACAAUUUUCAGUUAGGAAUCAUGUACAUGGUGACGGCGAACCAGCGGCUGAGAACGGCGAACCAGCGACUGAGACGGCGAACCAGAGGCGGAGGGACGGUCGGAGAACUGUGGAUGAAGGUAGUGGUGGAGUGACGGCCGGAGCUGCAAUUGAAGAUGAAGUUCCUACUACUACUACUACUGCUACUGCUACUACUACUGCUACUACAACUGCUACUACUACUCCAAUUACUAUUCCUACUACUACUCCUACUACUACUGCUACUACUGCUAUUGCCACUACUACUACUGCUGCUACUACUACUACGACUACUACUACUACUACUGCCACUGCUACUAUUACUCCUACUACUACUGCAAUUGCUACUGCGACUACUAUUACUGCCACUGCUACUAUUGAGACAAGUGUUACUACCACUAGUAUUGCUACAACUACUACUGCUACUACUACAGUCACUACUGUUGCUGCUACUGCUACUGCUACUACUACGACCACUACUACUACUGCUAUUCCUGUUACUGCUACUACUGCCACUACUGUUACUGCAACUGCUACUAUAGCUACUACUACCACUGCUACUAGUGCCAUUGCUACUGCGACUGCUACUACUAUUGACAUUACUGCUGCUGCGACUUCUACUACUGCCACUACUACCACUGGUACUGCUUCGACAGCUACUACUGUUGCGACUGCUACUACUGCCACUACUACUGUGGCUGCUACUGCUGCGACUACUACUAUUACCAGUACUACUGCUACGACUGCUACUGCUGCCACUACUACUGCCACUGUUACUACUGUGAUUACUGUUACUACUACUGCCACUACUAUUGCUGCUAGUGCUGUAACUGCUACUACUGUCAUUACUAUUGCUGCUACUGCUGCGAUUGCUACUACUACCACUGCUACUACUGCGAGUACUACUACUGCCACUGUUAUUGCUGCGACUGCUACUACUACCACUAUUAUUGUCACUUUUAAUGUUACGAUUGCUACUACUUCCACUUUCAGUGUUACCACUGCUACUACUGUUACGACUGCCACUACUAAUGCCACUGCUACUGCUACUACUGCCAUUACUACUACCACAGCUUCUGCUGCGACUACUAAUACUACUACUACUACUACCUUCUACCUACUACUCGAAAACUGUUUUGGCCAAUGA